AGUCGGCUCAAGUUCUCACUGUCCAUGCAAGCGUACUAACCUUAGAUCCAUAAAUUCCGCCAUGCGGGUUCUCGCUCUUUUCCUGCCACUCUGCUUGGCCGACACCGCAGUUCCCGUGGAGACCGCCAGCUUGCUUGAGCUGGACCAGCGCCGAAGUAAGCGGGCUGUGCGACGGGAAGGUGAUCCGGUAGAGGAGGUGAGAGGCUCGAACGCCAGCUGGUCCCUGCACGGGACUUUUCGUCAAAGUCUAGUUGGAGCCUACCUGCUGGCCGAGAGCCCUCAGCUUGAGCUGCUGCUUGAGGAAACGGAAACGAAGGCACCAGGCGAUGCUGUGAUGGAAGAAAAGAGCUGGAGAGCCGUGUACAUCCUUACUGUUCUCAUCUUCAUUGCCAUUAGUCCCAUUGGCUUCAACGAGGGCCUGAAGCCCUUUUGCACCGUGGUGGUGUACCUGGCGUGCCUGUCCCUCGUGAAAAUGUGGGUCAAGGAGACGAUGAACAAUGGCUUUCCGUACCCUGACACCAUUACAGCGGUCCACAUGCUCUGCACCUCUCUGGUGGCCGGCUUCUUCGAGCGGCCCAGGCUCAGCGAGGCGUGGGUGGUGUUGCCCAUCUCGGUCGUCAACGGGGCAUCUUUGCUGAGCAACAACACGGCCAUGCUUUAUGGAGGAGUAGCCUUCGUAUCCAUGGUGGCCUCCUGCACACCCAUGUUCACCUUCUCUCUGGAGCUGCUCAAGGGAAAGCGCACACUCGACCUCCUCACGGUGCUCUCCGUAAUUCUGGUUUGCUCUGGCAGCAUUUUCUGCGUUCGCGGGGAGAAGACCGCCUCCUUGCUCGCCCUCUGCUUUGCCGCGGGCGGCUCGCUGAUGCGUGCCAUGAAGGGAGUUUGGCAGCACGAUCUCCUCUCCAUCAGCGUGACUCCGAUGAGGCUGACAUUCUGGAGCGGCUUUUGGUCCUUCUGGAUCACCAGCACCAUGGUGAUGUUCAACGAAGGAACCGAGGCCUUCAAGCACUUUGGCAGCACCUCCCAGGAGGCCAAGACCUCCCUGGUGCUGUCCAUCUUCGCGGCAGUGGCCCUGAACGUGUCGCAGUGCUUUGCUGUGAAGCAGCUGGGUGCCCUUCUGCAGUCCAUCGUCGGCAAUUUGAACCUGAUCCUGGUGAUUGUGCUCUCCCAGGCAUGGCUGCAUGAGCAGGUCACGAUCUGGCAAUUCGUGGGGGUGUUCCUUCUGGCCAUGGGCACCUUCGCAAGCAAAGCCAAAGACCUGAAGAAGAAGACGAAGAAGGAGGAUGAAAAGGUGCCGGCGCCGGCGCAGGCGGAUGAGACGACCAAGUUGCCCGAGCCGAACGCCGGGUAUGGGGCCGUCAAGGAGACGGAGGCUGAAGCUACCAACGACACUGAGCAAGCACCGGAAACCAAUUCCAAAUAGAUGGUGCAAAGCGCCGACCAGUUGCCAGACCUUCCGCCUGUGACGUUUGCAUUGGUG